GAGGGCGGGGCGGGGGGGUCCUGUGACGGGGCGGGGGCGCAGGUGACAUCAGAGGACGUGUCACAAUGGGGGGACUGCUUUUAAGGCAGCCGCAGGCAGCGCUGCUGCAUUUUGGCCUGAGCCAUCGGUGAGUGCAGUACCAGGGGGAAGACUGGGAUGGGCCAGGGCUGGGGCACAAACGCCUGCCCUCCGAGGGCUUGCUAAGCCUGCAGCCAGGGCCCAGCCGCUCAGGGCAGGGCUCGCGGCUGUCACCGCCAGUACUGGCCACAGUCCCUGCUGCCUCCCAGCUCCCUCGCCCCCUCUCCUACCUGACCCCAGGGGCCUGUGGCUCCUGCCAUAGCUCCCUCAGCCGCCAUCCAGCUACCACCCAGCCCCACUGACCUGCUUCUCUCUCACCUCUUUCAGACCAUGGUUUUGGCAACUUUCUUCGUCCUGACAUUCCUGGGCUUAAUCCAGAGCCCAGCGGAGGUCAGCGAUGAAUUGGAUGACGCUACAAAUGAGCGCAUGCGGCAGUAUGCGGAGGAGCUGCAAGAACGCAUGACGCAGCUCCUGUUCGAAAUUGAGGAGGGGGAGAAGGAGCAGAGCUGGGCGCACAUGGGAGCCCUGCUCUUAUCUGUGUUGCAGCACUGGCAGUUCUGGGCCUGUGCUGGUGUUACUCUCCUCUCCUUUUGGCUAUUUUUUCUGCUUCAUAAAAAGCUCGAGGAACUUGACGACAGCAGCGACGAGGAGAGCUCCAGCAACGAUGAGGACAGGGGAGGACAAGCACCAGCAAUCAAUGAUGCAUUGGAUGCAGGCAGUUUUAUUGCACAGAGCAUCCAAUGGCGACAGCUAAACCUGACCACCAAAUGCCAGCUUGUGGAGGGUCUGGUGCACGGCUUUUUCUUUGUAUUUGAGUGGAUCUUGACAGACACUUUCUUUCCAGUGCUGCAUUCACCCAUUGGAGUGGGCAGUGCCUUUGAAGGCUGGAGUCCCCGUGAGGAUGAUACUGUCUACCACUUCCUUGCGCCCAUGACGGCUCCUCGUGGGCACUCCUUCCACCUGGAGCAGAACUCCAUAUGGCAGCUGCCAUCAAGGAAUUCUCGCAUUCGUGUGAAGCUGGAGUGCACGUGCGUGAGGGAGCAGGACUUUGGGAACAUGGUGUGCUUCCUUCACCAGCCUGAGGAGGAGCUGAGAAGAAAUCCGGAGCCCAGCCUCCUACAGACACUGUGCACUGGCUCCUACCUGGAUGUGCGUAAAACCUCCUACUGGUUCCAGCAACUGGUGAAAUCAACCUGGAAAACUCUGCCUGAGUCAGGUGCAUGGCAGGUAAAUGUGCUGACAUCCAGCCGCUCUUGCAGGCUUCAUUUGAUUGAUGACACUGAAUCAACCCUGUUCGUUGAGAUAAUGUUUGGGGUACAACAAGGCGAUUCAGACAUUUUUCUGAGCAGCGAGAACACUGAGGCUAUCUUUACCCCGGACACAAUAUGGCCACAGAGCUGCGCUGUGGCAGAGAUGAAGUUCUUCCGUCACAUAGCCGCAAAUGCCCAGCAGGACAGUUUCCACCUCAGAUGCAUGCAGCUCUGUGCCCGUAUCCUGGUGGGCAACGAUUUUACCACCUAUAUGUUGAAGACAGUUGUCAUGCACCUGCUGACCACCAUCCCUUUGGAAAGCUGGCACAGCAGGGAUUUUUUGAAGCGGAUGGAUGACAUCAUGCAGUACCUGCACUGCUGCGUACUGCAGAAACGCCUGGACCACUUCUUCUUUGGAAACGAGGGAAUGCCUGAGGAGAUCAUCUUGCCCCCAGAUUUCCAAACGUCCAGACCACCCAACCUCUUCUGGCGCAUGGCAAAGGAUGGGACUACCUACUCCCAGGCGAUGCAUGAAUUCCGUGAGCUGCAAGAUCGGCUCACAAGAAUGCUGACCUUUGGGAACUGAAAGAGGCCUUCAUGCACAGAGCUCUGAGGGGUGCUCUGCUGACAGCAGGCAAUGACCUCCCACCACAGAAAGAAGAGGGGAGAACGCAGGACACAGAAAAGGAUCGGAAAACUCUGUGCAGCAACCCACUGCCAAGUGCGGCAAGGUCCUUGUAUGGACAGUCUACCAAGCGUAGUAACCAGUGAUGACUACGAUGGCUACAAAGAUAACUGUUUGCCACGUGCUGCAGAGCUGAGCACGCUGGACACGGAGAAGAUGCAGCUCAGUUGGCAGUGCGAAUUGCUCGUCCAUGUUCUCUCCACAGCCAAACCACCCUUGGGGGAGGAACACCCCAUGCAGCUGAAGAGGCCGCUGCAGGGAGGCUUGAAGCAGAGACUUCUUUACCAGCUGGACAGUGACCAUCUGGCUCUUGCCCAGUGUCCACUCACUCCGGGAGCUUGGCCUCUACAAAAAUGCUAAUAUAUUGCUUGCUUGAACAAACGUUUUGUCCGUGAGUGUCUGUACCACACUUGGUCAGGAAAGGCGGGCAUGAGGUGCUGACAGCUGGGCUGCCACAGCAUCGGGGAGCAUUUUGCUGAGGAGCUGAUUCCGUGGGCUCCAACUGCACUCCUUCCGGAGCUAAAGCUCUGCUGUCUG